GAGUUACCAGUUACACGCUGUUUCCAGGAAGUAGUUGUCUACAACAGCGUGACUUAACAUUGUUACCACCAUCCCCAUUUAGCUAGCUAACUGUCUGUUUAGCUAUCGUACAGUGAAUAUUUUGCCUAACAUUGAAUAUGGGUGAUGAUGAAGAAAAGUAUGACGGAAUGUUGCUGGUUAUGGCACAACAACACGAAGGAGGGGUGCAAGAGUUAGUCAAUACAUUUUUUAGCUUCUUACGGCGAAAAACGGAUUUCUUCAUAGGUGGAGAGGCAGGUGCGCCAGAGAAGCUGGUUAAGGAGUCAUUUGCCCACCACAGCCAGAUAGCCCUAAAGGCCCAGAGAGAGAAACAGUCCAAACAGGAGAAGGAGAAGAAGGAGAAGGCUGAGAGGGCAGCAAAGUUGUCCAAGGAAGAGGAAAAGAAGAAGAAGAAAGAAGCAGAUGAGCCCAAGAUCCGGGAGCUGACAGAUGAGGAAGCAGAGAGACUUCAGUCUGAAAUUGAUCAGAAAAAGAGAAAACAAGAAGAACAAAAAGAAGCCCCCAAAAACAAUGUGGAACCAGCCCCAGAGAAGGGAGACAAAGCGUCUGAUUCAGAGGGAGAGGAGGAUGAGAAAGACAAAGACAAACUGAAGCCAAACUCAGGGAAUGGAGCUGACCUGCCCAACUACAGGUGGACACAGAGCCUGUCAGAUGUGGAUUUGCUGGUGCCCUUUGACGUGAACUUCCGUAUGAAGGGGAAGGACGUGGUGGUGGAUAUCCAGCGGCGCUCUCUGAAGGUGGGCCUGAAGGGCCAUCCUCCAGUGAUCGAUGGCCAGCUUUUCAACGACAUCAAGGUGGAGGAGAGCUCCUGGCUGAUAGAGGACGGCAAAGUCGUCACCAUCCACCUGGAGAAGAUUAACAAAAUGGAGUGGUGGAAUAAGAUCGUAUCGACAGACCCGGAGCUCAACACCAAGAAAAUCUGUCCGGAGAACUCAAAGUUGUCAGACCUGGACGGAGAGACACGCAGCAUGGUGGAGAAGAUGAUGUAUGACCAGAGGCAGAAAUCCAUGGGCCUACCCACCUCCGAAGAGCAGAAGAAACAAGACAUUCUCAAGAAGUUCAUGUCUCAGCACCCAGAGAUGGACUUCUCUAAAGCCAAAUUCAGCUGAGAAGCUUUACACCUGUCGGCCUGGACGUCCAAUCCUCCUGGGCAGCUUGUGAAAAACACUGUAUGAAUCCUUGUCAGAAUCCACCUCAGCUAAUACUGCAGUCUAACGAACUCUCUUCACGCUCUCAAUCUCUCUUUCCUUUGUUUCUUUCUCCACCUGCUGGCUCUGUUCUGAUCUGUGCAUUCUGAGGUUGACAGUGUCCGUUCAGUUUUGGUUACUGUAACAGAAACUUCUCUGAAACGCCUAUCCUUGUUCUGUUGCAUGUGUUCAUUAAAUGUUUAAAGUAAUGUUGGAAUCCUUUAAAAUAUUAGUUGAAACCAA